AUGUCCAGGGACGAUGCCAGCCAAUACAGCCUCACCGGCAUUCCUCUUCCUUCUCUCGGCGCCGCCGCCGCCAACAGCCGGAGACCCAAGCUCCGAGGCUUCAUUCUCUCCCCCUAUAACCCUCGUUACAGACUGUGGGAAACGUUUCUGGUGUUUCUAGUUUUCUACACUGCAUGGGUGUGUCCCUUUGAGUUUGGAUUCCUUAACGAACCAGAGGAUCCUCUGUCCAUUACUGACAAUGUUGUGAACGCCCUUUUUGCCAUUGACAUUGUUCUCACCUUCUUUGUUGCCUACCUUGACAAGGCUACAUAUUUACUGGUGGACCAGCCGAAGCUCAUUGCUUUGCGAUAUGCAAAAACAUGGCUAGCUUUUGAUGUCAUUUCUACUAUCCCUUCUGAAUUUGCGCGUAGUGUAUUACCCUCUCCUCUUAAGACAUAUGGCUACUUCAAUAUACUACGUCUUUGGAGGCUCCGUAGAGUCAGUGCCAUGUUUGCAAGAUUGGAGAAGCACAGAAAUUAUAACUACUUCUGGGUGCGCUGUUCAAAGCUUAUAUGUGUUACUCUAUUCGCGUUGCAUUUUGCUGCCUGCUUUUACUAUUUUCUUGCUGCAAAUCAUGAAAAAAAAUCAACAUGGCUCAGCCUUGUUUCUGAUGAUAGUCAAAAGGAUCUUUGGAGUCUCUACGUAACAUCAAUGUAUUGGUCCAUAGUGACUCUUUCAACUGUUGGUUAUGGUGAUUUGCAUCCUGUAAAUACCAGGGAGAUGGUAUUUGACAUACUCUAUAUGCUCUUUAACCUGGGACUCACAUCAUAUCUCAUUGGAAACAUGACAAACUUAGUCGUUCAUGGAACAAGCAGAACUAGGAAAUAUAGAGACACAGUGCAAGCUGCCACAGGUUUUGCUCAUAGGAAUCAGUUACCUAUCCGCUUGCAAGAACAGAUGCUUGCUCAUUUGUUUAUGAAGUACAGAACUGAUUUAGAAGGACUGCAGCAACAAGAAAUUAUUGAAUCGCUUCCAAAAGCUAUUCGAUCUAGCAUCUCACACUACCUAUUCUAUUCACUUGUGGACAAAGUGUACUUGUUUCAUGGAGUGUCCUGUGAUCUGAUUUUUCAACUGGUCACGGAGAUGAAGGCUGAGUAUUUUCCUCCAAAGGAAGAUGUGAUUUUGCAGAAUGAAGCCCCAACAGACUUUUAUAUCUUUGUCACUGGUGCUGCGGAACUACUCAUACGAAAGAAUGGAAUAGAACAGGUCGUUGGUGAGGCACAGUCAGGAGAUGUAGUUGGCGAGAUAGGGGUUUUAUGUUAUAGGCCACAGGUGUUUACAGUUCGAACUAAGCGAUUGAGCCAAAUUCUGCGCUUGAACCGUACUGCAUUUCUAAAUCUUGCUCAUUCAAAUGUUGGAGAUGGGACAAUAAUCAUGAACAAUUUUCUCCAGCAUUUGCAAGAAUCAAGGCAUCCAGGGAUGGAUUCUGUUUUGGCAGAAACUGAGGCCAUGCUGGCUCGGGGUAGAAUGGAAAUGCCCAUUAGCACAUGCUUUGCAGCAAUCCGAAAUGAUGAUCUAUUGUUACAUCGUUUGCUUAAAAAGGGUUCAGAUCCAAAUGAAGUAGAUAAGAAUGGAAAGACAGCACUGCAUAUUGCAGCUUCAAAGGGCAAUGAUCAUUGUGUAACUUUGCUUCUAGAAUACGGUGCUGAUCCCAAUAUCAAAGAUAUGGAUGGAAGUGUCCCACUGUGGGAAGCAAUGGUGGGUAGGCAUGAAUCUGUGAUGAAACUUCUGAUAGACAAUGGUGCGGACAUAUCUUCUGCAGAUGCAGGCCGUCUGGCAUGCAGUGCUGCUGAGGAGAAUAACAUAGAAUUGCUCAAGGAAUUAGUUCAAUGUGGUAUGGAUGUGACACAAGCCAGAACGAAUGGAACCACUGCUCUGCAUGCAGCAGUGACUGAAGGAAACACUGAGAUGGUUAAGUUUCUUGUAGAGCAAGGAUCAGACAUUGAUAAGCAAGAUGCUAAUGGGUGGAGUCCUUGGACUUUGGCAGAUCAUCAAUGCCAUGAAGAAAUUAAAAAUAUAUUUCAGAACAUUAGAGAGAGUAGAAAACCAGUUGCUAUUCCAAUAUCUAAUAAUGAAAGGAUUGGGAGGUUUCAAAGUGAUCCUUGUAUGCUUACCCUUUCCCAAGAUUGCAUGCCACUGCCAGCUACUCAAGAAGUGACCUGGCUAGAUACUAAUCAGAGGAGAAGGUCUUCCAGCUCUUUUCAUAAUUCCAUUUUUGGGAUGAUCUCUGCUGCCAAUCGUGGUAAGUGUAUAGAACGUCGGGCAUCAGAAAGCAGUAACACUAGUAAAGGGAAUGUGAAUGGAUUCACAAGGGUGAUACUUGGUUGUCCUGAAAGAGGUGAAGAUGCUAGGAAGCUUGUUUUUCUGCCCAAGUCACUUCAAGAACUGUUAGAUAUUGGUGCCAGAAAGUUUGAUAUAUCUCCCACCAAAAUUUUGACCGAAGACAGAGCUGAAAUUGAUGAUAUAAAUCUUAUAAGAGAUGGUGAUCAUCUUAUUAUUGCACGGGACUGAUAUGGGAAAC